AUGCCCUCCUACAUCUCACUCUUGUUGCUACUUCUGCUCGCCGCGGCGAGCGGCUUGUGCCAGAACUGCGGACCUAAGUACAACAAUCAGAUCUGCGCUGCCAACACUUGCUGUAGCCAAUAUGGAUGGUGCGAUACCGGCGCCGACUACUGCGACCCAGCCACCUGUCUGAGCGCCUUCUCGGGCCCAGGCUCCAGCUGCGCUAUCCAGUUUACUAAUCCCCAGCAUCUCUCCCGUCCCAAACAGAAAAAGUCCAACAACAACCUCACAACCACCAAGCCCACCACCACAACCAAGACUUCCUCCACCACCCGCACCACCACCGCCACCGCCACCAACACCAACAACACCUUCGCCGCCUCCAUCCCCGUCAUCGACGUCUGCGGCCACGCGCAAGGCGGCGUCUCGUGCCCAGGCGCCGGGCCCGGCGGCUACUUCUACCGGUGCUGCUCGGCGGCGGGCCACUGCGGCCCCAAGAACGACAUCCAGGACGCGGCCAUGUACUGCGGCGACGGCUGUCAGGCCGGGUUCGGUAAAUGCGGCGUCAAUGGCGUCAGCAAGCCCGUGACCACGCCGUCCGGGUCGACCGGGACGGCGGGCGAGGGCGAGACGUGCGGGCCGAUCGUGAACAAGAGGUGUGCCGAUGGGCUGUGCUGCAGCGGGAGCAACUUUUGCGGCACGGGUGAGGACUUUUGUGGUGCCGCGAAUUGGUGCCAGCCGUCGUGGGGGAGCUGCGCGGGGAAGAGGACGGUUUAG